CUGGUUCGAGGAUGAGCUCUUCAAAGCUCUCGAACCUGUCGUGGGCAGAGCUGCGUGACCGGGCUCGCCGCAUCAACCGUCGUUGGAGCUCCGAGGAGCUGCCGACCAGGAAUGCCACCAUAGCAGAAGAGCAACUGUCGGUUGUCCAGGUUGACUCAGAGGGUGAAGUUGAGAGGCGAGCAGAGCAACCGGACGUGGAAGAGGUUUUGGCAAUCGAGCCGCCAGCCACGGAAGAGCUUCCAAACGUCACCAACAAACUGCAGCAGCUUUCGACAGCAUCGGUCACCACGACUGCGACUUCACUACCAACACUUUUUGCAGCGGUUGAACAAUCAUCCAAGGUUGUCGAUGGUACUUUCAUGGUCGUGAGUGAAAAAGAAGGUGAUCCUGCUUCUUCCAUCCUUGUUCCUGACAGUGAGAAGACCAACGCCUUGGAAGAAGAAACCCAACUCGAGGGUUUGGAGAGGACACCAACGUCGCGUCAUGUAGCGAGCUGGCGGUCUCGGAAGAAGCCAAAGACGGACGAAGAGGAGUCCGGGGCCGCCGCGUCAGCCAUCCAUACUACACCGAACGACAUUGGGGGCUCGCCCAUGUCGCCGCCAACCACAGUCAAGGAGGUAUGUUCGUCAAUGGAAGCUGGGAUGGAAACGAAGAUGGCGUCGCCGGGUAACGACUCGAAGGAUUCGUCGGCGAACGAAGUGGACGAGGAUGGCUUUCUCCCUCUCCCUAGUGAGGGCGAUUUACAGUCGUCGUUGGAGAAGAAGCCGCCAGAAGACGAACCAUCAUCGGAGAACGAUAUGGAUUCGGGUUUAGCUUUUCGCGGCCUGGUGUUCUCGUUGCCUGGCGCGCUCGGGGAGAAGAACUCGAAGACUAGACCGCUAUCGGGCUGGCACUCGUGUCGUCUGGUGAGCUGCUCGCCGUCGGGAAUAAGGUCGGUGAUGGUUCUGCCGAUGAAGGAUAGGGAGGAAGGCGACGCGACAAGGAAUAAGAAGAAGAAGGAAGAAGUGAUGGAGCUAGUGACAGCAGCCUGGCCGUGGAAGAGGACGGAUCUUCGAGUCUCGCUCAAAACGCGGCGAUCAGCAGCUGCUUCCGCUGCGGCGAUGAACGAGGAAGAGACGAAGGUGGGGGAUGAUCUGGUGAGAGACUCACCAAAGGACACGGUGGCCGCCCGUCGGGAUUUGUCGCCGGCAACUCACGGAGAUAUUGUACCGCCGCAAUCGACUCCGACUCAAGCCUGGGUGUUAACCACCGAGAAGAUACCGUUGCCGGAGAAGAAGGAGAAGAGUCUAUCGAUGCCGGAGAUUGAGUCGAAAGGGCAGAAGGCAGCGGCGGAUUCGGGCUGGCUUCCUCGCCGUUGGCAGGAUCGCGCGCAGCUGACAAGAGCAAAGAGGUGGGAGGGAAGCGGGUUUCCUUCCUCUAAAACCCUAACUCGCCGAAGCUUGGGGUGAGUCGGGCUCUCUAUGGGCCGAAGCGGUUGGUCCACCCCAGCUGACGAGAUUGGAUGUUCGUUAGUGAUCUUCGGGCCGCGUUCUGGGAAGAAGCAAGCUGAGACAGGGUUUGAGUGCGGGCCGGAGCUUGGUUUUCAAUGGGCCGAGAAGGAUUGGCGGUGUGGGCCAGGGAAUCCAAAGGAAGCAGUUAGUUUAAUCACCAAAUAUGGGCUUGAAACCUUGGAGAGCAUUGGGCCAAUAAUGGGUGGGCCGACUAGAGCUCUUGUGUGUGUGGUGAACUUGGAAGAAAAAGGAGAUGGUUUAUUAAAUUUAUAGGUGGGCU